AUGUUUCUUUCUUUCAAAUUCACCACUGCUCUACCUAUUCUCAAAACAUAUUUUCUCUUUUUCAAAAUUUUUAUGGCUUCUUCAUCCCAUUAUCAUUACCACAACGAUGAUGAUGAUGAUGAAUUUGAAACCCUAUUUGAAGAAUUUUUUGAAAUCCCUGAUAUUAUUCCCGAACCAAAAGAGCGAAAAAAACGCAUUUUUAUCGAGAGAAACCGAGAAGAUGGCCACAUGAAGCUUUGGAAUGAUUAUUUUUCUGAAACUCCUACAUAUCCACCCAAUAUAUUCCGCCGACGGUUCCGAAUGAACAAACCAUUGUUCUUGCGUAUUGUGCAUCGUCUCUCUACACAUGUAGACUAUUUUCAGCCAUCAGAAGAUGCAGUCGGACGGGCUAGUCUAUCUCCGCUCCAAAAAUGUACCGCAGCAAUUCGUCAAUUAGCGUAUGGUGGUGGGGCUGAUACAGUUGACGAGUAUGUGCGACUUGGUGAAACAACAGCUCGAAAAUGUUUGUACCAAUUUACCGCCGGAAUAAUCCACUUGUUUGGCGAUGAAUACCUAAGACGUCCCACCCCGGAGGAUCUGCAAAGACUACUCCACAUUGGAGAACAACGUGGAUUUCCAGGGAUGGUUGGAAGCAUCGACUGUAUGCAUUGGGAGUGGAAGAAUUGCCCCACCGCUUGGAAAGGAAUGUAUUCACGAGGAACCGGAAAACCAACAAUUGUGUUGGAGGCGGUAGCUUCAUCGGACCUCUGGAUCUGGCACGCGUUUUUUGGAGCUCCAGGUACUAUGAACGAUCUUAAUAUUCUUGAUCGAUCACCUGUUUUUGAUGAAAUUAUUAACGGAAACGCUCCACAAGUCAAUUUCUAUGUCAACGGAAGUGAGUACCAUUUGGGUUACUAUCUCGCCGAUGGCAUUUAUCCGAAAUGGGCUACUUUUAUUCAAUCUAUCCGACUACCACAAGGUCCAAAAAAUUGUUUAUUUGCUAAAAAACAAGAAGCUGUCCGAAAAGAUGUUGAGCGCGCCUUCGGAGUCCUGCAAGCUAGAUUCGCCGUUGUUAGAAAUCCAUCUAAUUUAUGGGAUAAAAACAAAAUAGGAAAUAUUAUUAAGACAUGUAUAAUACUCCAUAAUAUGAUUGUCGAAGAUGAACGAGAUUCAUACACUCAACACGCUUCAGAAUUUCAACAAGGAGAAGAUGUGGAUCAUACAUUUGUAGUCAAGAGGACUAAAAGUCUUGGUACUAUAUUGGGUCGUCGAGCAGAAGUUCGGGAUAGACAAGGCCAUCAACAAUUAAAAGAAGAUUUGAUUGAAAAUAUAUGGGUUAAAUUUGGACAUCUCCCUAACUACAAUGUUUAGAAAAACUUGGACGGGAAAAAAAAAUCCAACGUUUAGUUUCUAUGAGUUCAAUAAAAUGUUUGUUUUUUUUAUUUUUUCAUGUUUGUAAUUUUUUUCCCAAUUUUGUAAAUUUCUCAUGUUUUCAAUUUUAAUGUUAUAUGUUUUAUUUUAAAUUUUUAUUCUAUAUGUCAUUACUUAUUUUAAAUUUUUAUUCUAUAUGUCAUUACUAAGAAACAUCAAAAAGUCCUACCAAUAAUCUAAUUUUUUUGGAUUGUCCUUAACUUUGGUCCUUAACCUCAAAAUAACAAUAAAUUAAUCUAAGGACCAGACAAUUAGUCCUAGCAAUAAUCAUGGUCUAAAGAGCAAAUAUUAUCCGAGCAUGGCAAAAAAUUGUACAAGCCCGUACGAGAUCACACUGUGUCCGGAUCCCAAACAGAGUAAGUAUUGUCAACUUCUAUGUGGUCUUGUCCAGAGAGACGGGGUUGUAGGUGUGGGUGCUACGUUCCCCUCUGUCUUGGUUCGAGUAAUCAAUUUUCUUGAAAAGUACUGGAAAGAGUUGGCUAGUAAUAUCAGGUCUGGUACUGUCAGCGACUGGAUCACCGACCUUAGUUGUAGAGAGUCUCUACAACUAAGGUCGGUGAUCCAGUCGCUGACAGUACCAGACCUGAUAUUACUAGCCAACUCUUUCCAGUACUUUUCAAGAAAAUUGGCAGAUCUAAUUGCUGAAUUGGCAGAUCUAAUUGAACACGAGUCCUGAAUUGGCAGAUCUAAUUGAACACGAGUGCAGCGGACAAAAAUCCUGGCAAGGUAUAAUUACAAGACUUUGGCCCAAAACCAAAUAUAUUGAAACUAUUGUUACGGGAACUAUGUCUCAACACAUCCCAGCAUUGGAUUACUACUCUAAUAAACUACCUCUAGUUUCCAAAGUUUAUGCAUCAUCUGAAGCAUUUUUCGGGAUAAAUGUGAAUCCUUUAAGCAAACCACAACAUGUGUCCUACACAUUCCUACCCAACAUGUCAUAUUUUGAGUUCAUAGAAGUUGAUGACGAUGGAGGAACCACCGGUGAGAUUGUUGAUCUUGUGAAUGUGAAGUUAGGUUCCUACUAUGAGCCCUUGGUCACAAACUUUUCCGGUAAUGCCCCUUUUAAUUAUACUUAUCAUUU